AGGGAGUCCUCCAUCCCCUGGCGACUACUUUCCUCACUCACCCACCCUGCCAACUCCAUGAUGGUCCCAUGGGUCCCUGUGGCCCCCUGGUUAGCAGCUCUGACGGUGUUGCUGAGCAGAGGGAUCCAGGGUGGGACCCCUCCAGAGAACCACCUGCUGCGAGCGCUGCAUGAGUGCUACGCAGAGAAGAACGGGACGCAGCAGCGCUACAUCAUGAGAUGCAUCUUCGACCGUGAGGAGUUCAUGCGCUUCGACAGCGCCGAGGGCGAGUUCCGCGCGCUCACCGCCAUGGGGCGGCCGUGGGCCGAGUCCUGGAACAGCCAGAAGGACUACAUGGAGCGACGGAGGGCUGAGGUGGACACCGUGUGCAGACACAACUACGAGCUGAACCAAGGCUUCACCGUGAAGCGCCGAGUCCAGCCUAAGGUACAUGUGUCACCCUCCAAGAAGGUCACCCUGCAGCACCAUGACCUGCUGGUCUGCCAUGUGACAGAUUUCUACCCAGGCAGCAUUCAAGUCCGCUGGUUCCGGAACGGCCAGGAGGAAACUGCUGGGGUCGUGUCCACCAACCUGAUCCGAAACGGAGACUGGACCUUCCAGAUUCUGGUCAUGCUGGAGAUGACCCCACAGCGGGGAGAUGUCUACACCUGCCAUGUGGAGCACCCCAGCCUGCAGAGCCCCAUUACUGUAGAGUGGAAGGUCGGGUCUGACUCUGCCCGAAACAAGAUGCUGACGGGAAUGUGUGGCCUGGUGCUGGGACUCCUCUUCCUGGUGUUGGGCAUCAUCAUGCACCUGAGGAGCAAAAGGGAAGGGCCUAAGGCAGAGAAGUGA